AUGUCGGGGACAGGUGAAAUGUCCGGUGCGGGCAACAACUUUGAUUGCCACUUGAAACUCCUCGAGCCCGAGAGAAGUGUUGAGUUUCGCGGUAACUUCGACCAAAACGUUGAAAAAUGGGAGUCGGACAACAUUUGGUUCAAAUAUGACAAUGUCCAUGACCUUGUUGGCGCCUACGUCAUUGACACGGAAGGGUCGCCAUCAUACAUCGGCGCUGAUGAUUUAAGACUCUCGUUUACAAACCAGGAAGGAGCGCAGUUUGAGAUCAUUGGUUCUCUCAAGGAUUCCAUCUCUGAGAGAACCGACGUCACCGGUCUGGGAACCUGGAUCGAAGGGGGCCUUGAUUAA